CUUCUCUACCAUACCCAAGGAAAACCUUGGCAUGCCCCAUCAUCCUUGUGCCCCCUUCCUUGGGAGUCUUCUCUGCUCUGUUACAGACGCUACGUGACCAAACCCGCCUCAGAAGAGGAUGAUGGAGACGAGAAAGGUGAUGAGGAGGAAGAGGAGGAGGAGGAUGAGGAGGAAGAGGAUGAGGAGGAGGAGGAGGAUGACAACGAAGACAGCAGCAGCGAUGAAGAAAAAGAGGAAAUUCCUGAACCUUCCACUAGCAAUGAUGAUCAAGAAACAGAGCAGGAGCAGGCUGGGCCCAGCUCUGGGGGCACCAGGAGAUGCCCAUUUCUCUUAGACAACAGCCUUCACACAUCUCAGUGGCCCCCAAGGCGACGGCGAAAGCAACUGUUUACCCUGCAGACAGUGAACUCCAAUGGAACCAGUGACCGGAACACCUCCCCUGAAGAAGUUCAAACCCAGCCAUACAUUGCCAUGGAUUGGGAGCCGGAGAUGAAGAGGCGUUACUACGAUGAAGUAGAGGCUGAGGGAUAUGUGAAGCAUGACUGCGUGGGAUACAUGCUGAAGAAAAGUCCAGUGCAGCUGCAGGAGUGCAUCAAACUCUUCACCACUGUGGAAACCCUUGAGAAGGAGAACCCCUGGUACUGCUCCUCCUGCAAGCAGCACCAGCUGGCCACCAAGAAGCUGGAUCUCUGGAUGUUGCCUGAAGUUCUCAUUAUCCACCUGAAGCGUUUUUCAUUCUCCAAAUUUUCUCGGGAGAAGCUGGACACCCUGGUGCAGUUUCCUAUCCGGGAUCUGGAUUUUUCCGAGUUUGUCAUCAAACCAAAGAAUGAGUCUACUCCAGACAUGUACAAAUACGAUCUCAUCGCAGUUUCCAACCAUUAUGGUGGCAUGCGUGAUGGACACUAUACGACAUUUGCCUGCAACAAGGACAGUGGCCAGUGGCACUACUUUGAUGACAAUAGUGUCUCACCUGUGAAUGAGAACCAGAUUGAGUCCAAGGCAGCCUAUGUUUUGUUCUACCAACGCCAAGAUGUGGGUCGCCGCCAGUCCCAGACUGCUUCAUCCAAUACCCCAGCUUCUCCUGCCUCUGGUUCUCCAUCCAAUCCUGAAGUCAUGGAUGUUAACUAAGGGGAACUGGAACUACCACAGAGAAAGAAGCCCCCUUUGCCACUUCCUCUUGUCAACCCCCUCCCUUACCUGUGUUCAUUGCCCCCAGGCAUUGCAGGCUUAGUUCGUGGCUACUGUAUUCUUGUAUCGCUGUAUUACUCUCUCAGAAAGAAGAGGCCCUGCGCCCCUGGCCAACCGUGUGCCCCUGGCCGACCGUGUGCCCCUGGCUGACCGUGUGCC